CAAGCUCUCAAUGGAGAACCAUCCCGUGCCGGUAAAAACACAUUAAGGAUUAUAAUUGUAGUGCGGUUGAAAAGUGCGAAGUAAUUAUCAGUGAACGUUAGAACAAUCAAAUGAUUUUGACAGCAAUACAUUUGUGAACAAAGACAUUAACGGAACAUUGUAGUGAACAAAUACUGUUAACAAGUGAAAAGGAUAAGUUGUGACAAUGCAAUCCCCAGUCAGUUCCCCAGAGCUGAUGGAUCCUCGAUACAGUCAUUUAAGGAUUCCUGCUUCAUCGAGCCGCAUUUUGUACGACGUCCCCUGCAAGGUAUGCCGUGAUCAUAGCUCUGGCAAACACUACGGAAUAUACGCGUGUGACGGUUGCGCUGGCUUCUUCAAGCGAUCGAUCCGCCGAAGUCGGCAGUACGUAUGCAAAUCAAAAUCCGAGAUACCGUGCAUGGUUGAUAAAACUCAUCGCAAUCAAUGCCGGGCUUGUCGGUUGAAGAAAUGCUUCGAGGUUGGCAUGAACAAAGACGCUGUACAGCAUGAACGAGGACCCCGGAGCUCAACCCUGCGUAAACAGAUGGCACUUUUCAUCGCCAAGGAUACACCUUUGCGGCAUGAGCUGAUGAUUCCACCACCACUUCCAAUGGGACAAUCAACGAUGGGUCUUGAUCUCAGCAUCCAAAGGAAUGCCUACUUUAGUCCACAAUCCAUGGUACAUCCAACAUUAUUCCCAGCUAUGCAAUCACCUCACCCAUUGAUUGCUGCCGAUGCCAUUCGAGAAUCAGCCGCACAGCUUCUGUUCAUGAACGUCAAUUUCCUGAAAAAUUUAGUCCCAUUCACGAAACUACCGCUCGACGAUCAGUUGAUUCUUUUUGAAGAAUCUUGGCGAGAGUUCUUUAUCCUAGCCGUCGCACAAUAUCUGCUACCGAUCAACUUCAAUCACCUACUAAUAGCCUACGAGUACCUGAACAAUAACCGAGGUGAAUCCAUACCCGAAUGCAUAAUCCGAGAAGUCGAAAUCUUCCAAGAAAUUCUCACUCAAAUCGUUGCGUUGCGAGUGGACACCAACGAGUUCGUCUACCUUCGGGCGGUUGUUCUCUACAAAACAGAAUUUGAUCCAGAAAGCAGCAUCUCCAGCAGCAGCAGUGACGGAUCGGAUAUCAUUUCUUCAACAUCUAAAUCAAUCCAGGAAAUAGCCACCGUCCGGGCUUUGGAAGAUGGCGCCAAAGAUGCUCUGGCUACCUACGUAAGAACGUGCCGACCUGUACCGUCCGAUCGUUAUCGCCUUUUGCUACAGUUAUUACCUGUACUGAGAAACGUUUCAACCUACACCAUUGAAGAACUUUUCUUCCGAAGAAAUAUUGGCCCCGCUCCACUGCUCAAACUAUUGCUUGAUUUCUAUAGGCAGAAAUAGCUCAACGCUCUGUUUCAUCAACGAUCUGAUCCUGGAUGAUUAGAUCGCUAAAUUGACUGUGAUUGAUUUGUGUAAAUAACAUUUUGAAAAUCUUAAAUUGAA